AUGGAUUCCAUCAAGAACACUGUCAACCAAGCUACUGAGAAGGUCCAGGAGGGUCUCUCUGGCACCAGCAAGGAGGCUAACAAGGAGGUUGCCAAGGAUUCAAACGCUGGCAUUGGCACUCGUGCUUCGGCGGCUAAAGAUGCUGCGUCCGAGAAGAUGGACGAGACGAAACAUUCCGCUAAGGCCGAGGGUUACUCUGCUCAAAAGUGA